GAAAUCAAUGAUGGAGACGUACAGGAUCUGGUGAGAAAGUCAAUUGGAAGAUUAACAAUUAUUCGGCAGAGCUUUCCUGUACCACAGAACAUCAGUCAGCGCUGUUUCCGUGGGAACCACCGAAUAUCUUCAUCACUUUGUGACCCAAAAGACCCUUUCUCUCAAAAUAUGGAGAUUACCAACCUUUACAUAUACGAUACCGUGUUGUUGCUAGCAAAUGCUUUUCAUAAGAAGCUGGAAGACCGAAAGUGGCACAGUAUGGCUAGCUUGACAUGCAUUAGGAAGAAUUCAAAACCCUGGCAAGGAGGGAGAUCUAUGCUGGAUACAAUCAAGAAGGGUGGAGUGAAUGGCUUGACAGGAGAUCUGGAAUUUGCAGAGAAUGGAGGGAAUCCCAAUGUUAUAUUCGAGAUCCUAGGGACAAACUAUGGAGAGGAACUAAGCAGAGGAAUCCGCAAGGUAAAAUCCUUUCUUUCUUUCUCUCUCUCUCUCUCUCUCUUUUGGAAAUGUUUCAAUGAUGUUAAAGAACAUUUUGGCAACAAAAAAUUGCAAUAA